UCUAUCUCUUAACUUGACUUCUCCACCGAAAAUACUUUUCUUUUCAAAAGAGAGAGAAAAAAAAACACAGUGAUGAUCAUAACAGUUCUUCAUUCUCCUGUCUCAUUCUAUUUCAUCAUCAUCCUUGCCUUCCUCUUCUUCCAUGAAAUGUCCGACGGAGCUCCGGUUCGGAUCCGGGUCAGCGUGCAAGAGCGCGUGCGAGGCGUUUGGUAGUCCAGAGUACUGUUGCAGUGGCGCGUACGCUUCACCCGCCGAGUGUAAACCGUCCAUGUACUCGGAGAUAUUCAAAACGGCGUGUCCUAGAUCGUAUAGCUACGCGUUCGACGACGCGACGAGUACGUUUACAUGUACUUCUGCAGAUUAUACCAUCACUCUUUGCCCUUCCUCGCUUAGCCAAAAAUCUGCAGCUAAUGGGUGGAGAGAAGGCGGUGGAUUGUCAGAAAGCUCAUCGUCACCAUUAUCGACGUGGUUAUCGGGUGUUUUCAAUUCUAACUCCUCGAAUAUUCAAUCUUCUCCAUAUUUACUCAUCUUUAGUUGUAUUUUUCUUCUUUUCCGGCAACUUUGAUGAUACCUUUUUUGUUUGUUUUGUCUUCUCACUUUCGGGUGUAUAUUAUGCAUCAUAUCACAUUUAAUUGUAUGUUUCAUGAUAUUGCACAUUGUUGAACAUUUGACUACAUUGUUGAUUCAAAUUUUUAGAGCUAAAUCCCAUCGACAAUUAUAUUGUUGUUAUGACGGAAAUAUAUUCAUCACAGUUUCAGUUUCAUCGC